AAAUAUAUAUUGUUCAAAGAUAUUAAAAAAUUAUUUAAUUAGUUAAGAAAGCAAAAUUAGUAGACUAAUAAAUUAUAAAAUCAAGAUAAAGCAAUAUUUAUUUUACAUAAAUGGAUCAGCAAUAGAUUUAUAAGUUAUUUUUGUAUUCCAAUCUUUUGAAGAUGGAUAUACAAUCACCCAUUUAUAAGCAAGAUGUUUAGAUAACUCCUGAAAAAUUUGCUUCUAGUUCAGAUAGAGAAGCUGUAUUCUUGGGAGUGCGCAAAAUAUUACAUAUCUCUCAUGAUAUGGACAAUUGUAUUUUUUUAAAGAAAAACAAUAUUCACCUUAGUGAAGAAGUUUAAGAGAAUCCAUAAGCACAAUGGGUUUGCUAUAGCAGUAAAUAAAUGUACUAAGGUUAGGAUAGUAUGAGUGUUUUAGGAUACUAGGUUAGUAUUAAAUAGAUUUAACAAAAUGGUAGUCCUGCAUUUAUAACUACCAACAAAGAGAGAUAGCUUGUUUUAAAUUAUAUUGCAAGAGAAAUUUUUUCAAAACUAAAUUAUCAUUAAUACUAAAAAGGGUUUUUCAAUCCUAUUGACCCCCCUAAUGCUGCCCUUAGUAAAGAUAAAACUGUUGUUUAUCAAACUUACUCAUGGAAUGGGCUAAGACCUAAGGCAAUUGAAUUUAGAGGUAAAGUUUAUCUGGAAAUUGAAACCACUCCUGUGCGCUUCUUGCGUAUGAAUUUGUUCUAAAUUAUUAACAAACUUGAAGAUAAAAAAAUUCCAAGAGAAGAAAUAAGCAAUUUUUUGGUAGGACGCACUGUUAAGACAUCUUAUUUCUCCACUAAUCUAUAUUAUGAAAUUUUAGAAAUAGAUUUUAAUAUGACUCCUGACAGUAAAUUUGUCGUAAAAUAAAACUAAAUUUAAGAUGAAGGAGAUAUGAUUGCAGAAAAAGGUGAUGAAGAACUCUCUUAUUAUUCUUAUGUUAAGAACAAAUAUAGAAUUAACAUUAGAGACAGAGUUUAGCCAAUGAUUAGAGUUCGCCCUCUUCACAAAGGCUUUAAAUCCGAAUUUCAUAGUAGUUAAGAUUAGCAAAUGUACCUCAUUCCAAGUCUUUGCAAUCUUUUUGGAUAGAUUUCUCAAAAAGGUUUUAUUGACGAUAAUGUUGGAACAGAAUUCUACUUUGAACCUUAUGAUGUAUAUGAUUAUACUAAUUAAAUUACUAGAUUUUUAAAAAAUAGCUCUGAAGCUUAAAGUUUGCUAAAUGGAUGGUAAAUUAAAAUAGGAGAAGAGUUCGAACAGAUUGGUUUUAACUACCUCAAAUUAUCUCCUUUAUAACUCAAAGUUAAUAAUGUCAAUGAGUCUUUUUCUCCUAACGACUUAUGCUGUAAGCGUUUAUGUAACGAAUUCGAUGGAUAUUAUAAAUAGCUAUUCUGUUCUGAUGGAGCUUUCACUAAAUUCACUGAAGUUAAUAGAUGGGUUAUUUUUGUCCACUCUAGCGAUUCACCAUUAGUUGAAGCUCUGGUCUCUUCGAUCUCUCAGUUUAAGCUAUACUACAAUUACCCUAUUUCAGAACCAAAAUAUUAUAAGAUAGAUGAUUUAAAUAUUGAAACAUGGACAAGCACCUUUAAUACUGCCUUAUCUGAGAGUCCUACUACAUUUGCAUUGAUUAUUAUGAACAGUGAAUUAGAGCACUAUCACUUUUAUAAAACUUGUAAGCAAGCAAUUACAGUGGAUAAAGGCAUUUGCUGUUCACUUAUUAAGGCUUCUACUCUCUAGCAAUAUGUUCCUACUUAAUAAUAUCCAUAAAUACCCCCAGGAAACUCGAUUGAAGCUUUUGCAAGCCGUUUCUUAUCAUAAAUGCAAGCUAAGCUUGGUGAGUCACCUUGGCUUAUGUAGGAAUUACCAUACAAUUAAAAUCCUUGCACAAUGAUAGGGUUUAGUGUAUUACGCCAACGUAAUGCUAGAAAAAUUAUAGUAGCAGGAGCUGCUUCUAUUAAUAAAUAGUAUAGCAAAUAUCUCCCUGAUUAUAGAGUUAUUAGUGAAGUUUCAACUAAAAUCAAGGAAGAUGGUACUUUAGAGAUAGUAGAGCUUUCAGAACAAGAAAUAAACAAUUCAAUAACUAAUAGCAUGAAAGAUAUUCUUCAAGGAUUUUUAAGUUAGUUUGCAACAACUCACAAAAUAAAUCCAACCUGGGUUAUUAUUAUUCGUGACGGUAUAUUUAUUUAAAAUGCACAAAAUGAAAAAGAUGCUAUAUUCUCUAUGAUGAGCACUCGCCGUUCCUAAAGUGAAAACAAAUCAUUCCACCUUUUGUUUGCAACAUCUCGUUAUCAAACUAGCUUCCGUACUUAUAAUUUCUAUGGAUCAUCAGAACUUAAUGCUAACACAUAAAACGUAUCUUCUCCAGGAACAGGUGCUAUAGUUGAAAAGUAGUUGAACAAGCGCGAAUUUUAUCUUUAUACAUAAAAAAUAGUUAAAAACUGUCCAUUUUCUGUGCUAUACAAUGUAUUACAUAUAGAUAAAUUUAUUGGAUUAGACGAGCAUUCUUUGUUAGCUGAUUUCUAAGACUUGGUAUAUAACACUUAUGUGCUAAAUUAUACAUACCACACAAAGACAACUUCACCAGCUUGUGUACAAAAUGCUUAUAAAUUAGCAGAAUUUGUUAAAAUGUUUGUAACACCUGCAGGGUCUUAAUAAAAUACAAUAGAUCUAUCAAACUUGAGAGUGCUGUGCUCAAAUUAUAAGCUCUUCUUCAUUUGAUUAAUUUUUAAAAAAUAUAAAACCUUACUAAAUAAAUAAAUACAUAGUUAAUAAUUAGCGAAUUU